UUCAACUAAGAUUAUAUUUUCAUUGACUGUAUAGUUAUUUGAUUUUUCAAUAAAAUACAAUUAUUUUAUAGGAAAAAUUUAAUAAUUAUAUAAAAUAAAUAUAAAACUGUAAUUAAAAUAGACUGUAAUUAAUAUAAUUAAUAAAAAUAUAUAAUAAUAUUUUUUUCGAUAUGUUUAUAAAUUAAUAAUUAUUAUUUUGAGUAACAAAAGUAAAAAUUUCCAAAAUAGUUUAAUUUAAAUGAAUAUAAUUUUGAUGGUUUUAAUGAAUAAGUAUCAUUAAUUUAUUAGUUUGUUAGUUUAUAACUUCGUAAGUUUAAAUUAACCGCGUUAUGAAUGCCAUAGUUGUCUUACUGUGACUGCGCGAGAGGUUAUAUAAAUUAUAAAAAAUGGUGAAAAUUCUAAGAAAAGUGAUAUUUUUAGAAGAAUUAAAACCGAUAUAUCAUAAACCUUUCUGGACGAAGGCAGCAUUACUAUGGGAAAAGUUUAAAGAAACUAACCCUAUAUUAGGAUUAUUUGUACCUUUAGCUGCAAUAGUAAUUCCGACUUUAGGCGGAAUGAUAUUUUAUAAAAAACUCCAUGAAAAUCCUAUUCCAAAGUAUUAUGAGUAUAUUAUUGUUAUGAGACCUGAUGAUCCAGCAGUUCAACAUAUUAGAAAAGAUGAGUCAUUGAAAAUAGGGAGAUUACGUGAAAAGGAUACAAUUCUUAUGCCACAUUAGUUGUAUAUUACUUAAAUGAUAUAGUAAAUAAAUAUCUGUUAUUAAGUAAAAUCAUCAUA